ACGUCCAAAAAAAGGGGAAGAAAAUUCAAUUAGUUGGAAAAGUGGAGUCAAAUAGAGACAUCUAAGAGAAGAAUUACACGUUUAAAUCCAACCCCAGCAGUCCUUCUAGAAUCCAAUUUUUUUUGAAUCAUCAACAAACCAAGACUUUUCUACUCUCAAUUUCAAUUUCAAUUACAUUUUUUUGAAUAAUCAAUCAAGGUCUGCUUGUAAUGCCCGUCCAUUUUAUUUAUUUUUCAAUUUUAAAACAAUGCCUUUGACUUUGUACCAUUCCUCAUAAACACCAUGUUUUUUCUUUCUGUAUAAUUAACCAUUCAUCCUCUUCAAUAAUAAUAAUUUUAAUUCCUGUUAUUAUAUAGUUUCUGGGUGUGUCUGAUUUUGAUUUUUUUGUUCAAAACAUUGGAUAUAUUGUUAGUCAGUUAGUUGGUUAGUUAGAUUGUGAUCCCAUAAGUAUAAAUUUCAUAGCUUUUUGUGAAUUUGAUUGCAAAUUUUCAUCUGGGUAUUCUAUGUUAGUUAAAUUUGUGAUCCCUUAAGUAAAAAGUUCAUAGCUUUUUCUGAAUUUGAUUGCAAUUUUCAUCUGGGUAUUGUAUGUUAGUUAGCUUUAUGUUAUGUUGUUGUUGUUAAGGAGACAUUAGCUCUGAUCUGUCGAAAACCCUCAUGGAUUCAAUUGAGAAAGCUUCAACCUUUGAAGCUUCUUUGAAUUCCAUGUCUAGGAGAAGUAAUCAGUCCAUAGGUAAUGAUUCAGUUAGGGAUUCAGGUGGAUCCAAGCCUGUUGUGAUGAGGCAUGGUUCUAGUAGAGGGCAUGAUUCGUCGGUGUUUAGCGCGUCGCAGAAGGAGAUUAGCGAUGAGGACGCGAGGUUGAUUUAUCUAAAUGACCCUGAUAGGACUAACGAAAGGUUCGAAUUCUCGGGGAAUUCUAUUCGUACUGCGAAAUAUUCUGUGUUUUCGUUUAUUCCAAGGAAUUUGUUUGAGCAGUUUCAUAGAGUUGCAUACAUUUAUUUCCUUAUUAUUGCUGUGCUCAAUCAGCUCCCCCAGCUUGCGGUUUUUGGUAGGGGUGCUUCUAUUUUGCCACUUGCGUUUGUUCUUUCGGUUACUGCUGUUAAGGAUGCAUAUGAGGAUUGGAGGAGGCAUAGAUCAGAUAGAAUUGAGAAUAAUAGAUUGGCUUGGGUUUUGGUUAAUGAUCAGUUCCAGGAGAAGAGAUGUAAGGAUAUUCGGGUUGGUGAAAUCAUCAAGAUUUAUGCAGCUCAAAGUCUUCCUUGUGAUAUGGUUCUGCUCUCUACCAGUGACCCUACUGGGGUUGCUUAUGUCCAGACUAUAAAUUUAGAUGGGGAGUCGAAUUUGAAGACGCGGUAUGCAAAACAAGAAACCGCCCUUUCGAAAGAAAACAUUGACGGCGGAGGAUUCAUUAUUAAGUGUGAGAAACCCAAUAGAAAUAUCUACGGGUUUCAAGGCAACAUGGAUGUCCAUGGGAAAAGGCUAUCGCUUGGUCCCUCCAACAUUGUUCUCCGUGGCUGUGAGCUCAAGAAUACGGCUUGGGCAAUUGGUGUUGCAGUAUAUUGUGGAGGAGAGACCAAAGUUAUGCUCAAUAGCUCAGGAGCCCCUUCAAAGAGGAGUCGACUAGAGACGCGCAUGAAUCUAGAGAUCAUCAUCCUUUCUUUGUUUCUUAUUGCUUUGUGCAGUAUUGUCUCUGUCUGUGCUGCUGUGUGGUUGAGGCGUCACAAGGAUGAGCUAAAUACCAUGCCGUUUUAUAGGAAAAAAGACUUCAAUGAUGAGGAGCAGGAUGACUAUAAUUAUUAUGGAUGGGGACUUGAGAUAGUUUUCACAUUUCUAAUGUCAGUGAUUGUCUUCCAGAUUAUGAUCCCUAUAUCUUUGUACAUUUCUAUGGAGCUUGUUCGGGUUGGUCAGGCAUUUUUCAUGAUUCGAGAUACGCACAUGUAUGAUGAGACCUCCAAUUCAAGAUUCCAGUGUCGAGCUUUAAAUAUCAAUGAAGACUUGGGGCAAAUUAAGUAUGUAUUCUCUGACAAAACAGGUACUCUUACCGAGAACAAAAUGGAAUUUCAGUGUGCAAGCAUAUGGGGAGUAGAUUACAGUGGUGGAAAAACUAGUAUACUGGAGGAUGGGUUUUCUGUUAAAGUGGAUGGAAAGAUUUUGAGGCCAAAGAUGAAGGUGAAGGUUGACCCUCAGCUUCUACAAUUAUCAAGAAGAAGCGGAAAGGUCACGGAGGAACACAAGCGUGUUCAUGAUUUCUUUCUUGCACUGGCGGCAUGUAAUACUAUAGUGCCUAUUGCUUUUGAUGAUGCAUCUGAUCAUACUGCUACGUUGAUAGAUUAUCAAGGGGAAUCUCCAGAUGAACAAGCACUGGCAUAUGCUGCUGCUGCUUAUGGAUUUAUGCUUAUUGAACGAACUUCAGGUCAUAUAGUUAUUGAUAUCCAUGGAGAAAGGCAAAGGUUCGAUGUUUUGGGUCUGCAUGAGUUCGAUAGUGACCGGAAGAGGAUGUCAGUUAUACUAGGGUGCCCUGACAAGACUGUAAAAGUCUUUGUAAAAGGUGCUGAUACAUCCAUGUUUAGUGUGGGGGAUAGAUCUGUAUAUAUGAAUGUGAUACGUGCAACUGAAGCCAAUCUUUACAACUACUCUUUAAUGGGUUUGAGAACUCUUGUUAUUGGGAUGCGUGAAUUGAGUGACUCGGAAUUUGAGCAGUGGCACAGCUCCUUUGAAGCAGCUAGCACAGCUUUAAUAGGUAGGGCUGCAAUGCUUCGAAAGGUUGCUAGCAGUGUGGAGACUCGUCUAAUCAUACUUGGUGCUUCUGCCAUUGAAGAUAAGCUGCAACAAGGUGUACCAGAAGCCAUAGAAUGUCUUAGGUCAGCGGGAAUUAAAGUAUGGGUUUUGACUGGGGACAAGCAAGAAACUGCCAUAUCAAUUGGUUACUCUUCAAAACUGCUGACUAACAGAAUGACCCAGAUUAUAAUCAACAGCAAGUCUAAGGAGUCAUGUAGAAAGAGUUUGCAAGAUGCUUUGCUAAUGUCAACUACCGCUGCUGUAAGCGAAGUGGCCUUGAUUAUUGAUGGUACCAGCCUUGUUUAUAUACUUGACACCGAACUUGAAGAAGAGCUAUUUGAACUGGCCAGUAAAUGUUCUGUGGUACUCUGCUGCCGGGUAGCACCAUUGCAAAAGGCUGGAAUUGUUGCCCUUGUGAAGAACAGAACUGCUGACAUGACGCUCUCUAUUGGAGAUGGUGCUAAUGAUGUUUCAAUGAUCCAAAUGGCUGAUGUUGGAGUUGGCAUCAGUGGAAAAGAAGGUCGGCAAGCUGUAAUGGCAUCAGACUUUGCGAUGGGGCAGUUUAGAUUCUUAGUUCCACUUUUAUUGGUCCAUGGACAUUGGAAUUACCAGCGGAUGGCAUACAUGAUACUGUAUAACUUUUAUAGGAAUGCUAUAUUUGUUCUUGUUUUAUUUUGGUACGUGCUCUUUACAAGUUUCACGUUGACAACUGCAAUCAAUGAGUGGAGCAGUAUGCUGUAUUCUAUUAUUUAUACUUCAGUGCCAACCAUUAUUGUUGGUAUUCUUGAUAAGGACCUAAGUAGACGGAGUCUUGAGAAGUAUCCUCAGCUAUAUGGAUGUGGGCAGAGACGGGAGAGCUAUAACUCUAAACUGUUUUGGCUGACAAUGGUGGACACCGUAUGGCAAAGUGCAGUUGUGUAUUUCGUACCUUUGUUAGCAUAUUGGGGCAGCUCAAUUGAUGCAUCAAGUAUAGGAGAUCUGUGGACACUGGCCGUGGUGAUUUUGGUUAAUUUGCACUUGGCUAUGGAUGUGGUGCGAUGGAGUUGGAUUACGCAUGCCGCCAUCUGGGGGUCAAUAGUUGCAACAUUUAUUUGUGUCAUUGUCAUUGAUGCUUUGCCUACAUUAGUUGGAUAUUGGGCCAUUUUUGAAAUUGCAAAGACAAGAUUGUUUUGGUUAUGCUUGCUUGCUAUAAUUAUCGCAGCUCUAGUUCCACGAUUUGUCGUAAUAGUAGUUCAUCAAUACGCGAGUCCGUCUGAUAUUCAGAUUACAAGAGAAGCAGAGAAGAUUGGGGAGUUUGGAGGUGUAGAUGUAGAAAUAGAAAUGAACCCAAUCUUAUAAAAUUGUAAAAAUUAUCAUUUUUGUUGUUUAUCUUCUUAUAUAGUUGUUGAGUGUAAAUUUAGGGGAUCAAAUAGAACAAUAGUUACACAAAUUCUUUUGUUUGAUAAAAUUAUACAAAUUUUUACAAUUCUCAUUUC